AUGUCCCUCCGCAGAACAGCAGCACACUUGCCCUCGCGCUCCGUGCACUUGCGCAUCGUGCCACGGCCCGCCAAUCUAUCCGAAAGCCGUGAGAUCUUCCGCGUGCUGCAGCGCUUCGGCGAGAUCAACACGUACAAGCACCUCCGGUACGAAUACCACAACCCCGCAGACAAUGUCGCACUGGCCAUCUUCCGCACCCCCGAGGCUGCGCAACGAGCCCUCAACGCCUCGCCCCUCCGCUUCUCGCUCGAGCGCGAGGUAAACACCACCGAGCCCUUGUCCUACGCCGCAGACCCCGAAGACGACCCCGACAGCCUUCCCCAAGCACCUUCCGCGAACGACACCUCCGCCCUGACCUCGCCCAGCCGCCUGCUCACCCGCACGCCCCCAACCCCCCCCAACCCCCCUCCCUCGGCACCAACACCGCUGCCCUUCGCUGCCCCGCCCCCAAGAGCAACAGCAACGAAAUGGUUCCAGGUCACGCUCGACCGCUCGCGCGCCGUACACCAGGACUUUGUCGAGCGCCAGCCGCUGUGGAAGCAGUUCACGCCCAUGAAGAGCAUGGCGCAGGAGGAUCUGGCCAAGAUCGUGCCGCACGCGGGCUUGGCUGAUGUGAGCAAGAGACCGCCGCACGCGCACCGGACGCCCAACAAGGUGCUGAGGAAGAUGGCCGGCUGGGUUGGGGGCGCGAUGCCGACGCUGAGGGGCAUUUGGGAGGAGAGCCAGGGGAAGAGGGGGCAGGGCCUUGGAAGGCCGUGA